GGAUAUAAAGUGUGGACUACUGAGCUGCAAAGGUGGGGAUACAAGUCCCUCCUUUGCCACGAGAUACGGUUCGAUCGGCCCCUGCAAAUUAAUAAUGGGAGCUGACAACACGAACAAAAACCCGGGUCUGGUACAGAACGGGAUUAAAUGUGGAGAGAACAAGAUGUGCAUGGACGGAAAAUGUCAAUCUCUUUUGCAUUCCAGAGUCCUCAGUACCUGCACCGCCAAAUGUCCCCAACACUCGACUUGUAAUCACCUUCAGCGUUGUCAGUGUGAGGAGGGCUGGUCUCCUCCCAACUGCGAGGCCGUCAGGAAUACCUUGAACUUUGCCAUAGUUUCCGUGGUCGUGAUCGCAGUGAUAGCGUUGGUGGCUGUUGUUGGGAUUUUUCUGUACAAGCGGCGGAAGAGCACGUCAGCUCCCAGACCUCAGGUGACCCAGGACAUUGGGGUCACAAACCCCGCAUUCCUCCCUGGGACCCCACAGUUGCCCAGAGGUCACAAUCCCCACCAGAUUCAGGUACCGCGGACUGCUCCCCCACCGCCUCCCAAUAAAGCUCCCAAACCGUACCCCAUGGUUCCGGCAAACCAAAGGCAGAUGCCACCACAGAUGCCACCACAGAUGCCACCACAGAUGCCACCACAGAAGCCAAUGGCACCCCCUAAGAUCCUGAUGCCUCGGAACAAGCAAUUGUAUUGAAACCAUCUCUGCCAUUAAUACCCCUCCCGCCUCACCACAGAGCCCCAGUGCCUCCAGCACUUUUCCUGACAAAACCGGUUCCCUUCGUUGAUUCCCGCCCUCGUUGACAGAACAUUUUUGCGCAGUGAGAAGGACGUGUGUGAACACCUCAAUACCUCUGGGGUCUCUCCCUGUGUGGAUCUCUCAAUAAAGAUAACAAUUUUAUGGUA